GUGCCACUCUGCAGCUUUCUUGUCUCAUCCGUCUCACCUAGCCGCUCUUUGCUUUCGACUCCUGCACCAUAACGAACUUAUUGACGACCUCAACAAUAACAUCAUCCUAUUGACUUAUUUCUCUCUAUGGCACAACCACUCUUCGACGAGCAUCCUCUAGGGGAAUACUUCCGACAAACCGGUGAACUCGCCGAGCCCAUGCCUGGCUCCUCUGCCGACUUUGUAUUGGAAGAACAAGAUCUCUUGGACGUGGACGAAUCUUCUCCCCAGGUAGAGCUUGAGCUCUCGCGACUCGUGCAACAGGUCGUUCAGUUCGUCAAUGACUUGCUGCAAUCGUCGACAAGUAAUUCCACAGAAGGCAAUUUCGCGGAACGCUUCAAGUACGAUGUUAUCUCAUCAUCCUUGCUCGCGUCAACCCUCGCCGCCGUACCGAGUAGUGCUGUCCGGCAAACUUUCUCUCCCGAUAUACCUGGGAAGUUAGACGACGGUGGCGGCGGAGAUAAACUCGAAUCCUUCCCCGCGGAUGCGAAGACCGAAAGUUCAUACCCCCCUAAUGCAGACUCUACCUUGGCCCCGGACUCACUAGGACUCCAGUUGCCAUACGUGCUCGCCUCUCUAGCUGCUCUCGCUUUGUCGACAAACUACGUUUUCUUCGCCAUCCUAUUACUUUGUGCUGCCGCCUAUGUCAGGUAUGUUGUAAACACAGACAGUGAAAAGAGCGAUACCACCAAGCAGACCCUUGACUCAGUGAACGAGCUCAUCUCUGCUGGAAAUGUGUGGGACUCCUCCGUGAACGAGGCGAUGAUGCUCAUCGAGAACGAAGAACGCAGUAUUUUCUAUGGACCCACCAGCUCUCAAGCCCCGUCCUCCGCGCUGCGCCUCGCCCUCCAGUCAUCACUCCAGACGACUCAAACCCAGUGCGACAAUGUUCGCCACCUGCUCUCGGCUCUCACCUCCCCGACGUCCCUGUCGCAAAUCUCGGAGAUGUACGCGCCUCCGUCCCCUGUCCGCCCUCCCUUGACACUCCUCGACCCUCCCCGGUCGCCGCUCGCGUCCAACACGAUACGCCCGUUCUCGCUACCUUUCACCACCCCAUCACGUAAUCGCACGACCUCCUUCCCCGUCACCAGCCCAACAAACAAGCGCGCAACGUGGGGCGGGUCGCAUGCUGCGCUCGCGCUUUCGGGCAGUCCCACCGCGCAGAUGCUCCAACGCAAGCAGAUGAACCGCCGUUCGGAUCUCGCUUCGCUCUUCCAACCCGUCCCCACGAUCGCGAGUGUGAGCGCGCCAGUCAGCCCGCAGCCCCCCAGUCCCACCAAGGGCGCGCUGGAGAACGUGACAGAAGAGGAGGACCCUCUUACGCCCGAGCUUGAAGCGAAGGGUUACUUCGGCGCCGCUGCACUAGACCUACAAAGGAAACGGAGGAGCGCCGCUCUGGAGACGUUUGGCAUCCCGCCGCCCAGUUACGCGUUUUCAGCGGAUCAGACUUUCACAGAGCCCCCGCUGCGCUCACCCGUGCGCGCCUCGCACUCGCGCAAUAGCUCCGGCAUCUCCCCGACGUUCUCUUCGUCGUCGCGUUUUACACCCGUGCACACGACACGCCAUCCUCUUUCGCUUUCCGGCCUGCAUGGGUCAUUGCACGGGGCACUGUCGGCAAAGCGCUAUACGUGCUCUCACCUUCUUGCUCUGCGCUUCAACGAGGACGAGGACGACACCUACUGGGAGAACGUGCGGUCCGUCAUGGCCCUGCUCACAAGCACUUUCGCCGACGCAUCCUCGCGGCUCGUCGAGGCGCUGGACGAUGCCGAGAAGCGGCGUAUCAAGGAUGAGCACCCCACGCCGCCCAGCGGACCCCUCAACCGGGAGAGCAGCAUAUCCCCGCUCCGGAACCAGAUGGGCGGCGGGCACAAACGACUGCGGUCGAUGGCCGAAAUGGUGUCCUUCGCGCCGAUGCCGAGCAACAUGUCGCGCUUCGGUGUGCAUGUCGACGCUAUUUCCAGCGCGCUCAACGACGCCCGAGAUCACCUGGAGGAGUGCGUCGCCGCACUGCGCGACUCCUCGUCCCGACGACAGUCAUUGGAGUCCUCCGACGGCGAGCUCUCCGUGCAGGACCACCCCGCGUUCCAGGCGUACGACCGUCUGCGCAAAGAGCUCGGCUUUGCGCUGCGCGAGUGCGAACGCGGCCGCGAGCGCAUGCUCGACAUCCUGGCCGGUCCGCGUGCGAUUGCCGAGGUCGUGGAAGACGAAGACGUGUCCCCACAUACGCCUGGGCUCCGGCAAGACUCCGGCAGCGAGUCCUCGGAGAAAGGUCCCAUCUCGCCGAACGCGCAGCUCGACGGCGACGCAGGUCUCGGCCUGGAGUUCUCGCACGGACGCGACGGGCAAGAACACGAGCUGGACGACGCGACCGCCCAUCUGCUGCUCGCGACAUCGUCGCAGCAUCUGCCCCCACCUGGGGCCGAGCAGGUCUUCGAGGCGGAGUCGGGUGCGGGCGCGUCGUUCGCGCGCGAGCGGUCGAAGCUCUCUCGCGAGGAGCGCAUCAGACUCGCGAAGGCCCGGCGAUCGAGUGGCGUGCCUUCACUGGCGUCUUCGGACGGCAGCGAGAGGCCGUCGCGCGGCAGCCCCUGGGGCCCGAACGGAGAGGUCGUUCAGGAGCUCAAGGAUGUGAUUUGGAAAGUCGGCGAGAAGCGGCGAAAAUUCUCGGAGCGGCUCGAAGCGCCCCUUUCCAAGGAAGAGGAGGAGCCUGCCGCGGAGGCAGAGCCGGUCGCAGCCCCGAUAGAGGCUGGUGCACCGGAGGAUGACGAGUCCGUAUUUAAGCGGGAACAGUCUCGCCCCGUGCCUAUAGAUACCCUGCGGACAGGGCCUCCCGCUACUGUUGCCCCUGUAGUCGGCGCGGGCGGGGAGGCGGAUAUGUCAUGACCCAUCGUAACGUCUGGAAUCUGGAAUGGUUGGCCCACCCAUGUAUAUGCUACUGCAUCGUUCAUAAUCUCUUAGGUCGCAUCGUCGCUUGUCGCAUCUCGCAUUAUCGCACACAAUACUAUCACUACAUUGGAUAUCACGCUUCU